UCUUGGCGCGCGGUGUAUGCGCUUGUCCCUAGGCGUGCCGGCAGAAGUCGCGGGGCGCGGUUGUGCUGAACAUAGCAUCGCAAGUUGGCGCUCGACGCAAUCAUAUUUAAUCGAUCAUGUUUUUACUAAUGAAAACAACGUGUCAUUAUUUCGCAUUAUUGGCGGCGCCUCCAGGACACCAAAGCGGCAACGGGGAUAUCAAAGCUAGAAGCCGGACUGGUCCGUGGGUUGGGGCUCGCAGAGGCCUGCGCGUGCCAGGGGAGUAUAAGAUCGGCUGUCCGCUAUCGCGGACAGCCAAUGUUUUAUGCGAACACCCCCAGGCACGCUUCGGCCUCUGCGGCCCCAACCCACGGGCCGCCCAGCUUCCAGCUUUGAUCCCCCCGCUACCGCUUGGGUGCCCCGGAGAUCCUGCGCCGCCUGCUUUAGUAUAACCUCAGGUGCUCUCCUGAGGCCUCCGUUUGCCGGUUACAUGUGCCCUCCUGGAGCAGUGCUUGUAAAAAAUCCGAUCUAUCGUCACGACGAAAAAAGCGACCCGCGAACACCAGUCAGAACAUUGUCCCUUCAGACACAGCGAUCACCAAGCGGCGUCCGCGCCCACUGCCUCACCGCGCGGGCAGCCAGCGGCGGAGCGUAUAAACCAACUCGACCGAACUCCGCAAUGCCGGCAUGUCUAGGGGACAAACGAAUACAACGCGCUCUAAGAAACCUCCUCCGUAGUGCCUAGGCUGUCAUAUAUUCAAGGAGCAAAAGCCCCCAGAUCUUCUCUCUCGCGCCCGCUCUUACUCGCGCCUGCGCAGAAACGUCGAGCUCCGUCAAAAGUGGCACGCCCCGUUGUACCUACGAGCAAUUCUAAAUACGCCGCCGGGCACGUAUGCGUGUAGUUGACGGAGAGGAGCUAUGGAGCUUGAAAAGAAGCGGAUCCGCAUUGCUCAGCGAACUGGUCGGCAGUGUAAACAACUUGUAGACAUCUUAGGCGAACGUGUGUUCUUGCCCAACAGUGGAACUUCGGCUGGAGUGGUGCCUUUGGAUGUUAACUGUCCUAACGGAGAUCGUAGCGCUCCUGAUGAGUCUACCUCCGAUGAGAACUGGUCAGAGCUGUUUUGUCGACCGCAGUCAGAUAUGCCAGUGUCGCGACGCAGUCCGUUGGCGUGACCGAUACGACAUUGCACCCAGAUUCAUCUGCUGCGGGUGGCGUUUGCGGCAAUUUGCUCUAUUUGCAAGACCUUGGGCCAUCACCAGACGACACUUUGAGCAACAAGUCAGCUACCAGCGACAGUAAAAACCUUGGUAGAGAGUUACAGGCAUGGGCCGUGAGCCACAGGAUAGGAAGGGAUGCGCUGAGUGACCUUUUAAAAAUUUUGAGGCAGCAUCCAUGUCAUUCGGCUCUUCCGAACGACGCCCGCACUCUUUUGAAAACGCCCCGAAGGUCGUGCUUCGAAUGCCCUAUUACUGUUCUUUCUCCCGGUCAUUACUGUCAUUUCGUGCUUCACAGAGGAUUGCUGCAUGCAUUAAGUGGUUGUGGUCAGUUGCCAGAAAGACUGUUGUUGUCGUUUAAUAUUGACGGACUACCAUUAUCGAAAAGUUCCAACGUUCAACUUUGGCCGAUACAGUGCCUUAUUGCCAACUGCAACAAACAAACUCCAUUUCUCGUUGGUGCAUUUGUUGGGCCAAGCAAGCCAGAGUCUGCAAAUGACUUUCUUCUACCAUUUGUAACCGAGUUAAAGGGCUUGCUUGAAGAUGGCCUAAUCGUUAGUGGUUGCAGUAUUACUGUAUCAGUGAAGGCAAUUAUAUGUGAUGCUCCGGCGCGCUCAUUCGUCCUUUCGACUAAAGGCCAUUCUGGCUAUAGUAGUUGUCCGAAGUGCACAUGCGAAGGUUCUUACAGAGGAGGCAGGGUAGUUCUUCUGGAGACAGGUUGUGAAAUGCGCACUGAUAGCAGCUUUCGUAGACAACAAGAUGUGGAUCACCACAGGGGUACCUCUGUUCUUGUUGAUUUGCCACUUGACACAGUGAGAGACAUUCCAGUGGACUAUAUGCAUUUAGUGCUGCUUGGUGUAGUAAAAAAACUUUUGAUGCUUUGGCUGACUGGGCCACUGUCCAUUCGUCUUGGCCCACUUGAGCGCAAGCUCAUGAAUGAGGCCAGUGAAAAUUUGAAGCUGCACAUUCCUAUAGAAUUUUCCAGAAAGACACGUCCUGUUACUGAAGUUGAACGAUGGAAAGCUGCAGAACUCCGCCUCUUUUUGUUUUACACCGGCCCUCUUAUACUGAAAUCUGUGCUAAGCCCCAAGUUGUAUGAUAACUUCACAGUUCUGCAUUCUUCACUCUCCAUUCUCGCCAACAACGAAUUGUGUUCUCAACAUGCCGACUAUGCUGGAGCUCUACUGAGGCACUUUGUUCACUCCUUCACUACAAUCUAUGGAGAAGAACACGUUUCAUACAAUGUCCAUUGCCUUAUACACCUUGCUGAAGAUGUUAAGUUUCAUGGUCCUGUUGACACAUUCAGUGCUUUCCCCUUUGAAAAUAACAUGCGUCAUAUCAAAAAAGAGCUUCGAAAGCACAAGAAGCCAUUACAACAAUUACGAAAUAGAAUGUUGGAAAGGUUACAGCUGCCACAUGUGUUUCUUGAAGGCCCAACAGAUUUUGAGCUCAUUCGCCCGCAGGACACUGGACCUUUGCCACCCGAUUGCACUGGUCCUGAAUUUGGUGCAGCUAGAUGCGGCACUUUCCUGCUUAGUGGAUCUACUGGCAACAAUUGUGUAAUGCUUGACGGUCACAUUAUUCUUGUGCAGAAGUUUUGCUAUCUGAAAUCAUCAAACGAAAUUUGCAUUGUUGGACAAGAAUUUAAUCACAGAGAAGACUUUUACACAUCACCCUUUGAGUCCUCACGAAUAGGAAUUUUUUUGGUCUCCACUCUGUCAAGAAAUAAGGUGUGGCCUCUAAGGAAUCCGAAGAAAAUGUUGUUGCUGCCUCACGCCAGCCAGUACAUAGUUCUUCCAGAGAUCCACACCAACUGAAUUGCGUAAUUCG